AAAGUCAUAAAGUGAUAAAAAAAAAAAAAAAUUAAAAUCAAAGCUGUCUACGAACAGCUAUUAAAAAAUGAGAAUGAUUUAAAACGUAUAUUUUUAUUUUCAAUAUAAAUAGUAUAAUUAAAAUAAAUUAUACAAAAUUGUGCACACUUAUGCAAAGUAAAGCGAGUUUAUAUUAAAUUCAGUUUACAACUGCAGUUUUUUACUUCGAAAGGAAAACAUCAAUAAAAUAGGGAAAACACAGUUUUAUGUUUUGUUUGUUAUUAUUUUAUGAGCUCUGGCAAUAAUAAAUAAUGUAUUUAUUUAAUUUUCUCUUUGGUAAAGCGCGCAAAACGCAAUCAGCGAAAUGUGAAGUUGUUAUCCUCCCCUCAUUCCUCUUAUUUUCUUCCCUUCCUUCCGCUGUCUUCUUGCCUUCUACCUCUUGACCACUUUUUGCAAACAAAACACAAGAAGCGGAGAAGCAGAGAAAGAAAAAAAAAAACGCAGACGCCUUUCACUUGCAUGUCUGUUGCUCAGUUUUGUUAUUAUUAUUACUGUUGUUACACACACACACACUUGCAUCUCGUGUAUUUUAUAAUAUUUAUUUAAAGUCGCCGUCGUUGUUUCUGUCUCUGUCUUGCCCCUCUUGUUCCAAUUCGGUUUUCCUUUUCCCCCGUUUGUUGGUUUGCUUUUCACGCAUUUUGUUUUGUUCGCUCUGUUUUGCUGUAGUUUCUCGUUUCUCCCCUCUCACUUCCUCGUUUUGUUGUGUGUAUUCCUUUUUCCUCCAUCUGCUUUGAUGCCUAUUUAUUUUUGUACGCACUCGCUCGCUCGCUCUUAGGGGCGCGAAAAUUCCUGAAAUUCUUUUUUGUCCACAUUUUCCAGCGGGAAAAACGAGUUUUUCCAGCAGCGCCGCAUUCUUGGGCCCCUUCCUCUUUCCCUUGCUCUGCUUUUUGCUUGUUUACAGUUAGGAAUGCGGUCGCUCGCUCAUUUCAGGCAAAAAGAUAGCGUGCUCUUUGCUCUUCGUUUGGGAUCUUGUGUUCAUUUUGUGGAUUGGAACUAGUUGGCUUUGCCUUGGAGUUGUUUAUUUAUAAAAAGUCGCUGGCAAACAAUUACAGUGCAACAAUUACUCUCUCUCUCUUUAUCUUUUUCUCUCUUUGAAAAGUGGCGCGCAACUUGUUCGCCUUGUAAAAAAUUGCGACGCCAGCGGCGACGCGACUGCGCUGCUUGGCCCCAUUUAACAUGGCUCUCAGUCGCCGUUCUCUCGUGUGGCGCUCGGCUCCAUUCGGCUGCCUGGCGUUCUCUCCGCGGCUGUUGUCAUCGUCUGUCGCCGCUGUUACGGCCCGUCGCUGUUAACCGAACAUCAAAGUUGUUAACUGAAAAUAGUGAAAGACGUAAAGAUUUCUGAUUGAUUCCAAGAGGUUUUAGCUUAAAACUCUAGCAAUUAGUCCUAUUUUUGCAUAUAUUCGAAGUAUUUCGAGGAAAAUAGUAUCUUUAAGCCAAAAUUCCGCUUUACAGAAUACCGCUCAGAACUGCGUUGACAGUGAGGAGCCGAGCACUAACAGCGGAAGAGAGCGAAACGCCGACGAGGAAGAGAGCGUUGCCUAUAAAUACCAGUAACGGCAAGUCCGAACAAGUCCAAAAAAUAAUUCAACGAAGGCGGUUGUUGUGUCGCGGAAAAAUUUCAGCCGCGGUGUUGGAAAAAGGCCUACACAUAUUGUGUAUGCUUUCAAACCGGACGUUUCUUUCGUUCGUUUCGUGAACGCGGCGGCGCUCGAUUCACGCACACAUACACACGCACGCCGCGCUGGCAUUGAUAUACAUAUACACACACACGCCCCAAGUUCGUGUGCGAUUAAAUAAUACUCCACAAAAGGCCAAACAAAUUACAUAAAAAAUCAAAUCAAAAUACGAGCUAGUAGUUGUUCGUUCUCUCCUCGUAACUUGUAACGUGUGUGUUCGUUCGUCGUGUUGUUCUCUUCCUCCUCCGUGUUGUGUUCACUUCAACCGAUUGUUUUCAUUAGUCAAAUUAAUGUUAAAAUAGUUAAAGUUACGGCAAACAAAUGUACAACAUAAAAUAUAGUAAGCCAGAAGUACCGUUUGCGAGUAAAGAAGAGUUCCUAUAAAAGCACACUCACACACAUACCAACAGAGCAUCGUCUCGUCGCGUUCUUAUAAAAUUUUCCUACUGCGUCGGAAUUAUAGUCGUCGUUAUUAUUGUUAUAUUUGUUGUUGGUUCCUUGCGAAUUUUGUGUGCGUCUUGUUUCAACAAACAUAUACUACGUGAGAUAUUACUCGAAAUUUAUUUGUGGAAAAAAAAAGGAGCAAGAGUGUGAAAAAUCAAAGCGAAAAUAAAUAAAAUUAACAGCACCACACACACACAUAUAUACAGUGACACGCGCAGAGCCGAAAAAAAAAUACGCGCGCUUUAUUGGAGACAUAUUCUUGUCAGUGUGUGUAUGCUUCCUCUUCUUCUUGCGUGUGCCCAUUGGAAUUUGUACCCGAAUCGCAAUUACAACAUACACAAACAGAGAGCGGCGGCCAUCUCGCUCUCUCACUCGCAUUCUACGCAGCCAGGAGAGUAGACUUUUGAUAGAGAGAGGAGAGCCGAGUUUUGUAAUCGUCGAUGCCAAAGCGCAGAAACAACACCAUUAACGGUACACAGCAGCAGCAGCAGCUCCUUCAAUCGCCCAGCGGCGCCAGCAGCAUUGCAGCGGCCGCCGUUGUCUCAGUUACGGUUGCAGCAGCCUCUAGCAGCAGCAGCGCCACAAGCACAGACUGCACCGACAGCGGCUAUAACAGCAUUGAGCAGCAGCAGCAGUUCAAUAUUGCUGCCUCAACAGCAACAGCGGCGACAGCGGCAACAAUGCCGGCUAUGGCCAAGGAGAAAGCCUCAGCGCCAGUGUCCUUGAACGAGUCCAAUUUCCGGGAUAUUAAGGAUUUAAAGGAUUUCGUAAUGGCCUCUACGACAGCCCGCCUGCAUGACCCGCAGCAGCAGCGACAUAGCACCUGCGGCUGUGGAGAGGUAUCCGCGCCCGUCGAGAACAAUAAUAACAGUCGUUACGGCGGCAGCAACAAGUAUCUGACAAAUGGCCACACUUCGCCUUUGGCGGCGGCAGUUGCCAGCAACAGUUCGUCGGUGGCCACGACGCCGCAGUGCAGCAAGUUGUGCUGUCUGCAGCAGUACCAGUAUGGGAUGAACACACUAUUGACCAUGCAGCAGGCCUUUAAGCAGCAGGUGGAGCAGUUUAAUGAGCAGCUUAAUCAGCAACAGCAGCAACAACAGCAGCAGCAACAACAGCAGCAGCAACAGCAGCAGCAACAACAGCAGGAACAACAGCAACAGCCAGUUAAUCCUGCCCCAAGAAGGUCACCAAACGAUUUUAUUUUUGGUCGUUACAUUGGCGAAGGCAGCUUUAGCAUGGUUUACUUGGCAGUGGACAUUCAUUCGCGCCGAGAGUAUGCAAUCAAAGUUUGCGAAAAGAGGCUAAUCCUCCGCGAACGGAAGCAAGACUACAUCAAGCGGGAACGCGAGGUGAUGCACAUGAUGACCAAUGUGCCUGGUUUUGUCAACCUGUCCUGCACGUUCCAGGACCAGCGCUCCCUCUACUUUGUUAUGACCUACGCCCGCAAGGGCGACCUGCUACCCUACAUCAAUCGCGUCGGCAGCUUCGAUGUCGCCUGCACGCGUCACUAUGCCGCCGAGCUGCUGCUGGCCUGCGAGCAGAUGCAUCGCCGCAAUGUGGUGCAUCGCGACCUCAAGCCCGAGAACAUCCUCCUGGACGAAGACAUGCACACCUUGAUCGCUGACUUUGGCUCCGCCAAGAUAAUGACGCACGACGAGCGCCUGCUGGCCACUGAGCAUUGCUCAGAGCAGCGGCGUAGUCACUCAGACGAGGAUGACGAGGAGGACAGUGAUCGGCUAGAGACUGAGGAUGAUGAGUACGAUGACCGGUACUCGGAGGAGCUGGACGACGGCGAUGAGGAUGUACUCCAGCAACAGCAGCAGCAGGACGAGACGGACUCGCCGCGUCAACGCCAGAGACGUUACAAUCGGCGGCGCAAGAACAGCUUUGUCGGCACCGCUCAGUACGUUUCACCGGAGGUGCUUCAAAAUGGACCCAUCACGCCGGCGGCUGACCUUUGGGCCCUUGGCUGCAUUGUCUUCCAGAUGAUCUCCGGUUUGCCGCCGUUCCGCGGCAGCAACGACUAUGUCAUCUUCAAGGAGAUCCUAGACUGUGCAGUGGACUUUCCGCAGGGUUUCGACAAGGAUGCCGAGGAUUUGGUGCGCAAGCUCCUGCAGAUUGAUCCGCGUGAUCGCUUGGGAGCCCAGGACGAGUUUGGCUACUACGAGAGCAUUCGCGCGCAUCCCUUCUUCGCCGGCAUUGACUGGGACACGGUGCGCCAAACGACCCCGCCACCCAUCUAUCCAUACCUGCCAGGUGUCAGCCAGGACGACGAGAUUCGCUCCAGCUACUAUAGUGUACCCGGCGAUUUGGAGCCUGGCUUAGACGAGCGUCAGAUCUCGCGCCUGCUUAGCGCCGAGCUGGGCGUGGGCAGCAGCGUGGCCAUGCCCGCCAAGCGAUCGACAGCGAAGAAUUCCUUCGAUCUGAGCGAUAGCGAGAAGCUGCAGCGACUGGAGCAGCAAAAGACUGACAAGUGGCAUGUGUUUGCCGACGGCGAGGUUAUUCUCAAGAAGGGCUUCGUCAACAAGCGCAAGGGUCUGUUCGCCCGCAAGCGUAUGCUCCUGCUGACCACCGGACCCCGGCUCAUCUACAUUGAUCCCGUGCAGAUGAUCAAGAAGGGCGAGAUCCCGUGGAGUCCCGAGCUGAGGGCCGAGUACAAGAACUUUAAAAUCUUCUUUGUUCACACGCCAAAUCGCACCUACUACCUGGAUGAUCCCGAGGGCUAUGCCAUUCACUGGUCAGAGGCCAUUGAAAAUAUGCGCAAGCUGACCUACGGCGAUGCCAACACCAACUCCUCCACCUCAGCAGCAUCCUGCUCGAGCGGCAGCAGCAAUAGUUUGGCUGUCGUCAACUCGAAUUCCUCUUCCGCUGCAGCAGCCGCCGCCUCCUCGAGCAGUUCGCCGACAGCGCGACGCAGCUCUCCGGUUAGCAGCAGCAGAAGCAGAACAGGGACGUCGCCGAGCAAGAAGACGACGUCCAAGUGAAUGUAACUCUAGUUGUAGCAAAAAGUGAAAUUAAAUCCUAAUUUAAUUGAAAUUUAGUUCAAAAGGCAAAGGCGUAGGUGUAGUAGUAGGACUAUGACUAGAACUAGGACUAGGACUAGGAUUAGGAGUAGGUGAUAAAAGGAGGAUAUCUAGUGCUAAUUAGAACCCAAUUUUCUGUUUAUCGUUUUUAUAAAUUGUGCUUAGGGCAAAGAAUACAUAUACUACAUACACAACAUACACUAAUCUAAUGCUAAGUAAAUCCAAUUUAAAAACUAAAUUAAAUAUUUAUAUUAUCAGCUUACAGAAAUAAAUGAAAAUAUAUUCGUAUCUAGUGCUUAGUUAGUCACAAUUUAAAAUUAAACCUAAACUAAUUGUCAUUAAAAACAAAAAAAAAAAAAAA